GAAGUUUGCCCUAUCCUCUCCUCUCGCCCGCUACAAGUGUUCUUUACUGACUCGUUUUCUUAAACCCCAGAACCAUCUUGGGGUCUAGAAACAAAAAUCCCACCACUCCAUCAACAAGUUCGAGAGCUCUUUUUUAUAUAUAUAAAAUUAUUAUCAUUAAAGCUCUCUCCGUCUUUCUUCAUUGCAAUGGCGUCUCUAUCUUUCACUCACUUCCUUCCACUGUCCAGGUGGCAAUUGAAUUGGCCAAAUCAUCAACAGCUGAACUUUGUCCAGCUUCAGGAUUUUAGAUUGCAAAAUAAAUGGGGUCUUGCAGCUAUCUCUAGGAAGAAAAUUUCAGAGGCUUUACCUGAAGAGGAACCCAGUGAAAAUGGCGUAGUUGGGAAAAAAAAGACAACCAGGACUGGUACUAAAAGAACUACCUCACGAACUAGGAAGAAAAAAGUAGCUGAUGCUCUUGAGGAGAAUUCUGAAGUAGUGGGGACUCAUGAUCCUACUAAUGAGAAAAGUGUUGUGUCUGAAGAUCCCAAGAAAACUCGAAGGAGGACUCGACGAAAAGAUGUGUCUGCUUCUACUAGUUUGGAAGAGUCGUCAACGGAGAACGUCAGGAAGAGGAGGGCAAGAAAAAAGAUGGAUGAGGAUGUUGAGACUCAAGAUAGUGAAUCUGACAAUAGUGAUCAGGAGCAGUCUGAAUUUGUUACAAACUUGGAGGAUGAGAGUGAUGGAGACCUGGAAUUAGAUAAAGAUGACGGAGAGGAUAUCACCUACACAUAUGAUUGGCCCCCUCUUGUUUGUUGUUUUGGAGCUGCACAACAUGCUUUUAUACCCACAGGAAGGCCAGCCAACAGACUCUUAAAUUAUGAAAUUCAUGACAGAAUGAGGGAAGCUUAUUGGGAACCUGAAAAAUUUAUGAGGGCUCCUGGGGGAUCCGCAGGAGGUGUUGCAGUUGCUCUAGCAAGCUUGGGCGGUAAGGUUGCUUUCAUGGGAAAACUUGGAGAUGAUGAGUUUGGUCAGGCAAUGCUAUACUUUUUGAAUGUGAACAACGUUCAAACACGAUCAGUUCGCAUGGAUAGCAAAAGAUCAACAGCAGUAUCACAGAUGAAGAUUGCCAGGCGAGGUCGCUUGAGAAUGACUUGUUCCAAGUCCUGUGCGGAAGAUUCUCUGUUGAAGUCUGAACUAAAUAUUGAUGUGCUGAAGCAGGCAAAAAUGUUCUACUUCAACACCCAUUCCCUGCUUGAUCGGAGCAUGAGAUCAACUGCAUUGCGAGCAAUCAAAGUUUCAAAGAAAUUGGGAGCAGUUGUUUUCUAUGAUGUAAACCUUCCCAUGCCACUGUGGCGGUCAAGUGAAGAAACCAAACUAUUCAUACAAGAAGCAUGGAACCUUGCGGACGUUGUUGAAGUUACUAAGCAAGAACUUGAGUUUCUAUGCGGGAUUGAGCCCGAUGAGGAAUUCGACACCAGAAAUAAUGCCAAAUCUAAGUUUGUCCAUUAUGGGCCAGAAGUUGUUGCACCACUUUGGCAUGAAAAUCUAGAGGUUUUGUUUGUGACAAAUGGCACUUCAAAGAUACAUUACUACACCAGGGAGCACAAUGGAGCAGUGCAUGGCAUGGAGGAUCCCCCCAUUACCCCUUUCACUAGUGAUAUGUCAGCUUCUGGAGAUGGCAUCACUGCAGGUCUACUGAGAAUGUUAACUGUUCAACCAGACCUUUUUACCGAUAAAGAAUACUUGGAAAGCACAAUCAAGUAUGCAAUUGACUGUGGAGUUAUCGAUCAAUGGCUUCUUGGACGGACACGUGGCUUUCCUCCCAGGGAAGAGAUGGGAGAUGAAGUGGAGCCUGAUGAAAAUGGCAUAAGGUCAGCAACAGAAAAGGAAUACCGCACUUUGGAGAACGAUUCUGAUCCGGAAGGCUACAUGCCACCGCCAGAAAUGGAAUGCCGCCCAGUGAAGCCUGUUCCAGAUGACACCAGUUCGAAAACAGAAAAGGAAUAUACGUACAAGGCUUCUUGGAUGUAGCAUCAAUUUUGUAUUUUACGGAUAGCAUCUAUCAUCACAAAUUACUGUUUGCCAAAAUCUCCGGUCUUCAUUUUCUUCAGCAUAGGCGCGGGCAUCAAAUGCCAUUAUUCCUGCUUUCCAGGGGAGGGCAUAGGAAAAUAUUCUGCUUAAAUCCAAAUAUGAAUUUCUUAGUAGUCUGAUUAGGCUCACCCAGGACAUGAAUUAUUAAUUCUGCAUAUCCUACCCAUUGGAGCAAACGUUCUUGAUUCA